UUUAUUUAGAAUAAUCCAAAACACACUUUAAAUGCUACAGAAAUGAAACUACCCGAAACAAAUGUUCUAAGCCAAACAGAUUUCAAUGCUCCAAUCCUACAUAGUCGAAAUAUACUAAGUUUGAAUACUGAAGAAAAUAUUGGUGAUGUUUAUAAAAUACAAGAUUUAGAUCAACUACAAGUUUUAUUUAUUCAACCAAUUGAARAGUUAUCAGCUAUCAAUAAAGAUGUUCUCAUGGACAAAUCUCUUUUACCUAAAAAUGAUUUUGAACAACAAUUAAUAAAUUUUGAUAUAGAGCCUAAACAUGUAGAACCACAACAAAUGAUUGAACAACAACAAUAUACAAUAAAUUUACAAGAUCAACAGAUUAGAGUUGAACCAUUAACGGAGCUACCUCAGCAUUCAACAAAUCCACAAGAACUACAAAAUCAGUUUAAGAAAUCUACUGAACAUCACUCUCCUGAAAGGUUAACAAACCAAUCACUAAAAAGAAAAGGACCGGGUAUAGUACCAAAAAAAAAAUUUAAGAAAAGACUCAUUGAACAAAACAGUAAGGUACUUAGAAACCGGUUGAAGAAACUUCAAGGAGAGAUGUUUAAU